GAUCCUCUCCCUAAGAAAAGCGCACUUCAUUUUUCGAAAUUGUAUAUAUGUCGGCUCAAUAUAAACCCUAAUAUUUUCCGCAAAUCUUAAACCCCGACUCCCCAGCAGCAAGGUUGAAGUGUCGGACGAUUUUUCUCCUCAUUUUUUCUCCUAAUUGAAAUACUACUUGCUUAGAACAAAUUGUUCCUGUAGAGAUUUUUUCCUAUACUAUUUCAAGGGUUCGAUUUAGAGGUGAAAAAUGCAGCACGAUGAGGUCAUCUGGCAAGUCAUCAGGCAUAAACACUGCAGUUUCAUGGCCAAAAUUGAAACUGGGAUUUUCUGUCGGAAUCCUUACAACGUGACCGGGAUCUGCAAUCGGAGCUCCUGCCCUCUCGCUAACAGUCGAUACGCCACUAUAAGGGAUCAUGACGGAGUGUUUUAUUUGUACAUGAAGACUAUCGAAAGGGCGCAUAUGCCGAAUAAAUUAUGGGAAAGAGUUAAAAUACCGAGAAAUUAUGCAAAAGCCCUUGAGAUUAUUGACAAGCACAUGAUGUACUGGCCGAAGUUAUUGGUACACAAAACAAAGCAAAGAUUAACUAAGAUGACACAGAUGCGGAUACGCAUGAGAAAACUAGCUUUGAAGACAAGAGAGAAAAUUAUGACAGUGCCAACAAAACAAAAGAAAAGGGAAGCUCGUAGAGAGGAAAAGGCUGAGAAGGCAGCACUUUUGGAGAAAAGUAUUGAAAAGGAGUUACUCGAGCGCCUCAAGAAAGGAGUGUAUGAUGAUAUCUAUAACUACCCCGUUGAUAAAUACAAUGAAAUCCUUGAUAAGGAAGAAGUUGGAAAGGCAACUAUUAGUGAAGAUGAAGAGGAGGAGGAACCGGUGAUAGAAUACGUUGAGGGCUAUGAGGAACUCGAAGAGGAGGAUGAUAUGGAAGAUUUCGGUGGUCUUGCUAUCAGAGACGAUUAUGAUAAUGCUAAUUUGAAUGAUGAUGAUGAUGAUGAUGAUGAUGAUGAAGAAGAAGAAGGAAAUGCAUCUGUUGCUUAUAAGAGAGGGAGGAAGAGCUCUGCAAGAAAGCUGGCGAAAGAAGAACCAGCGGCCAAAUCUAAGAAGAAAAUUAAAGUCCAAGUCGAGGUUGAACACGAAGACGCAGUUGAAAGACAGAGAGCUGUGUAUUGAGGUCUUCCCCCCUUUUUUCAUGUUCGUGUACGAAAUCAGAUUAACAACUCAAGGAACGUUCACUAAAAAAAGCUUCAUCAUAUUAGCUUUUGGCCACUUUCCAUAUUGAAAUAGAGUGCGCAAGGAUCAUGACUUACCUAAAUAGCCAUCCGUUUUGAUGGGAACGAAUGUGGCCUUCACCAGUUUUGUCGCUGUAGAGCCCGGCUUGAUACUUCUGUUUUUCGCCUCAUAAUUUUGUGAUUUAUUGGUCAUUUACCAAAAUUUGAAAUGUUCUAAAUGAUUUUACCCCACUUCGACUGAGCAAUAUUUAUUCCAAAUCUAAUCUUUUGUAGUUUAUUUCUACUGUAUCUGGACCUGUAGAAAAAAAUUAUUUGAUCAAAUGUAAUACUCUCCUUGUGUGAUGAUAAUGUCUCAUUUUGCCAUUUCAGUAUGUCUGUAA